UUGAUUUUGUGCCCUCUCCCCCUAGACAAGUCUAGCUGAAUCCUAGUUAUAUUCUGACAUUUUCUGCUAUAUUCAUGUAAAUUAUUGGUUUGCCCUGUCUCUUUAUUAUUCGUGCGAGGGUCAUUCCGAAUGAAGCGUAGGUCAUAUUCGGUUGUCCCCAAUUUACGCGUGAAUCGUGCUUUACUGCCCACUGCCCUUUUCGCAACGUAGCCAUUUUUUUUGUUUACUGCCUGAGAAGCGUUUUAUCAAACGAUCAGCUGAUGAUCGAAUUGUUGAAAUAAUUGUCGUCCUGCUGCGGCUUUCAGGCGAUGUCAGCUGGCAAGGAAAACAAAUGAGCUUCUUUAGGCGUCACCGACGUGAUUAGGCGAAUCAACUUUCUAAUCAACGAUCCUGGCCCAACGAUGGGGAAUGCUGGCAGUAAUCAGCCUGUUUCGCAUCAUACCGGCCAUGUGAAUCGAGAGAUACAUCGUCAGGGUAAGGACAUUCCACCAUCUUCCCCAAAUAAGGAUGGACAAGCGUUUGUCUUUGAUAAGAAGCCCAGUCAGAAGAUAGUAUUCCAAUCUUCUCACGAAGACGAAGAACCAUAUUAUACAAAGAGAGAGCAGCACGAAGGUGACAACUUUGGAGCUCAGCGGCCACGUUCGAACACGGUCUCCGAGGGUACAAAAGUAUCGGACAGUAAAGUCUUGCCAACAGUAUUCAAAUGGGAAGGAGGGGGGAAACAAGUUUACAUCAGUGGUACAUUCACUGGAUGGAAGACAUUACCUAUGGUAAAAAGUCAUGGAGAUUUUGUAACUAUUAUUGACUUGCCGGAAGGAGAGCAUCAGUAUAAAUUCUUUGUCGAUGGAGAAUGGAGACACGAUCCUGGACUGAAAAUAGUUGACAAUGGUACAGGGUUUAAAAAUAAUUUAGUAUCGGUAAAGAAGUCUGAUUUUGAAGUGUUUCAAGCACUUGCAAAGGAUAGCGAAGGAGUUACUAGUAGUGCACAAACUGAAUAUGGACAAGAGAUACCUCCUCAUAAGCCUUGGGAAAAAGUAGCGGGUCCCCCGAUUCUACCACCACAUUUAUUACAAGUCAUUUUGAACAAGGACACGCCUUUAUCGUGCGAACCGACACUUUUACCUGAACCGAACCACGUUAUGUUGAAUCAUCUCUAUGCAUUGAGUAUUAAGGAUAGCGUAAUGGUACUCUCGGCGACACAUCGGUAUCGAAAAAAAUAUGUCACUACUUUAUUAUAUAAACCAAUUUAAGCCUGUGCCAUUCCUGGUUCAAUUUGUUAACGAACCACAGCUGGUUAAGAGAAGAAGAUUCUUCAACCUUGCGACAAGUGACCGGCCGUAACUCUCGUGACUACGUAAAAACAAAGGUAAAUUAUUUUGAAACGAGGUGAAAAUAAAAUAUUGUAAUACGAUACUCUGUACCUUAAUCGAACAUAUUGUAUAGUUAUUAUUUAUUAAAAGAGGACAUCGGAAAUGUGAUUUAAGCAAAUGAGUUACAUAAAUACUGUUGUGAGUUUAUAAUCCAUCGAAUUAUUACUAAAUAUAAUGUACAUAUACCAAUUUAAUAUACAUAUAAAAACAAAAUACAAUUUUAA